AUGUCGAAGCCAAUCACAUUCAUCACUGGAAAUGUGAAAAAACUCGAAGAGGUUAUUGCGAUAUUGGGCAAAGAGUUUCCACGCGAAUUGGUGUCACGGAAGAUUGAUUUGCCGGAAUUGCAGGGCGAGAUGAAUGACAUUAGCAUUAAGAAGUGCAAAGAGGCUGCAAAAUACGUACAGGGACCAGUCAUCGUUGAAGACACUUGUUUGUGUUUCACUGCACUCGGAGAUUUGCCAGGUCCGUAUAUAAAAUGGUUUUUGGAAAAGGUCGGCCCAGAAGGAUUGUUCAAAAUGUUAUCUGGAUUUGAAGACAAAUCGGCCACAGCUGUGUGCACCUUUGCCUACACCUCCGGUGAAAAUGAUGCGGUUUUACUCUUCCAAGGAAAGACUGAAGGUCAAAUUGUUGAUCCACGUGGUCCACGCGAUUUUGGAUGGGACCCAUGCUUCCAACCAAAUGGAUUCCAGAAGACAUACGCCGAAUUGCCCAAAGAAACUAAGAACAGCAUCUCUCAUCGAUUCAAAGCCGUCGAUGCAUUGAAACAUUAUUUCAUGACCAAAAAUGAGUGA